AUGUUUCGGACACAGUCUCUCGAAAGGAGGAGAAGAACCCUAAAGAAGAAAGCAGAGGAGCUCUCAACCCUCUGCGGGAUCGACGUGGCUUACGUCCGCUUCGAUCACAACGGCAGAGUCGAUACGUGGCCGGAAGACCCGAACAAGGUCAAGAGCAUCAUUCUCAAAUACAGAGAGGUCAAAUCUGACGAGAAACCAUCCGCUGGCGUUUCCCCUGCUUCCUCCGACGGCGAAAUCCGCGGAGCGGCGGAGACUAAUCGGGAACUGAAGCUAGAUGGGUUUUCGGAAGAGGAACUGUUGGGGUCGCAUAGAUUGGUGGAAGAGAAGUUGGAGAAGGUGAGAAGGAGAAUUGCGAAUCUAGAAGGCAAUGAGAAAAGCCGGAAGAAAAAAAGGCGGCGAAAUUACGACCUGCAAACACUGAAUUUGAUCGAUUUGGUGGGUUUGCCGCCGCCGAAUUCCGGAACAGGGCAUCGUUGUUCCAGCAGUAGCAGGACUAAUUCUUCUCUAAGUUGUGGUUCGUCGAUGAUUACUGGAAUCACGUCUCCUGACCGAAGCAAUUCUCCAAUCUCCGACCCCAAAUCGGAAUGGGGCGCGCUAAUUUCGCUGUAA